GACAAUUCCUUGGUUCUUUUUAAUUGAAGGACAAUGAAGGUCAGGGUCCAUUGCAUUACGCAGCUGUAUGUGAGAGAAAAGACAUUGCAGAAAUGCUUGUGAAGAACAAUGCUGACAUUGGCAUGGAGGAUGGUGAAUGAAGGUCAGAAUGCUGACAUUGACAUUGACAUUGGCUUUUACACAUUUCCCUGUACUACACUGUGAUAAUUGGUUUUAGCUCCCGUGCAUCGCACGGGUACGAGUCUAGUACAAAAGAAGUGUAAAAAAUGUAAGCUACCAUCUCGAUUGCCGUCCGGAGCUAUAGUAUGGUCCGAGCUCUUUCCUGCAAACUGCAGAAAUGGCGUCUCUUCUCUGCUCUCAUGCUAACAUGUGCUGCGGGAUAAAUACAGUAUGCCCAAACACCAAUUUUGGAGAAUUGCAUACAAUUAGGUUGUCUUUUUGUAAUUUUCUCCCAAGACAAAAGUGCAAUGUUAAGCUUUGCUUUCUUCUGAGAACAUCCUUUUCUGGGUCUGGUAUUGGGACACAUAUCAGUUCGGAUGUUCUAAAUGAAGAAACUUCAGAAAGGUCUAGAAAUAUGGGCAAAUGCUUACAAAGUGAUUCGAGCUGCAUUAACGAUCUUGAAGAGCAACUGUGUGUUCUCUUUAAUGAAGUAAAUUCGAUGAUAAAAUCAGGAAAUAAAAAUGAUGCUGUUGAUCUACUUAAGGCAAAUUAUGAAGCUGUUAAAGAACAGAUAGAUGCCGGUUUCAGGGGUAGAGAAGAGGCCAGGGUUCUUGACACAAUAGCAUUGGGCCACGUUGCCCUUGGAGACCUAACCACAGCUAUUUCCAUAAUGGACCUGUUGAAUGGGAUUGUUGAACAUUUGAAAAAUGAUGAACCGCUUUUGGACUCAAUACUAAUGCAUAUGGGAAGCGUGAACAAUGAAGGGCGUGCCCUCUUGGAGGAAUGCUUACUGAUUACAGAGAAAUCUAAAGGGAAAGACCAUCCCAACUGUGUUAAACAUCUAUUGAAUCUUGCCACUUCAUAUUCUCGGUCCAAAAAUUAUGCUGAAGCUGAGAAGUUGCUGCGCAUUAGUUUACAGAUUAUGUUGAAGACUCUGCCACACGAUGAUCAAUCUAUUAGCUUCCCAAUGCUCAAUCUUGCGCUUACUCUCUUUAAUUUGAAUCAAGUUGAUGAAGCCGAGAAGUAUGCACUAGAGGUUUUACGCAUUCGCGAGAAUGCCUUUGGAAAAGAGUCUCUUCCUGUUGGGGAGGUUCUUGACUGUCUUGUUUCUAUACAGAAAAGACUAGGAAGAGAUGACAAUGAGUUGCUGGAGCAUCUGAAGCGAAUUUUGAAAAUUCAAGAGAAAGCUUUUGGCAGUGAGAGUGAAGAGGUUAUGGAGACACUCAAGAAGGUCGUGCACUACAUGACAACGAUAGGGUUGAGACAUGAGAAACUCCCUCUCGAAAGAAGAUUGGCACGUCUCAAAGACAAGUACAAGCAUGCUGUGAAACAAUAUUAAAGGUUCCACUCCCAAAGCUGUAAGCAAGAGUCAUGGUGCAGUCACACCACGGAUGACACCAAGUUUGACAAUGCCAAAUGUCUCAUGUUUCAAGUCAUUGUCUCUGAUCAUUUUGCCGUAGAACUUUCAUAUGAACAAUGCCAAAGCGAUGGGCGAUUCACUGGCCUUUACCUCAAGAAAGCAUUAUUAACGAUUGGAGCUAGUGAUUAUAUAUAUUGGCAUUAUCAAGAAUUUUCCUAUGAAGAGAGCAUCAAAUUAAACUGAAAGCAGGAUUGAGCUGAGACUUCAAAACCGACAUCAAAUUACAUACGCUUUGUAUGUAUAUGUAAUUGCCUCAGCUCGGGAUGCUAUACACCUGCACUUUCUAGUGCGUUUGAGAAUGAUAAAAAUGAGAGAAAAAAAUAUGCUUUGCUAUG